UGGACCUGACCUGUAUAUUUCAGUAAAUUUACCAAGAAUUUGAGGGGGGGCAUUUAUAAUGAUCAUUGUCUGAACAGAUAAUACGAUGUGAAAAUGGUGGAUCUAGGCUAGCUAAAUCCAUUAACAGGCUUCUUAGAACCGGAUUUAAACAGGCUGUUUAACUGGACCUCUGAUUGGGGAUUUAUUCAGGAGGGAACAUUGCAACAAAUACAAAUGGAGUAUUGCUUUUUAGUAAACAUUUCUGAUUGACCACAUGAGAAUGACAGUGAAACAGGUUCAUAAGAAUUAUUUUUGACUGGGAAUGGGCGAUUUUUGCAUGCAGUUCAUAAUCUGGCCUUUAGAUGCCCAUGUAGCAGCAUCAUUGUAGCUGAGAACAGCUAGCUAACGCGUAUCACAAAUAUCCCCAAACCCUGGGGCUGCUUUUCACUAGUUAGCUAGUUAAAGACUAGCUUUAUUGACAAAAAUAUGCAGAAGUAUGAAAAGCUUGAAAAGAUUGGAGAGGGUACAUAUGGAACUGUUUUCAAAGCAAAAAACAGAGAAACGCAUGAAAUCGUGGCUUUGAAAAGAGUGAGAUUGGAUGACGACGAUGAGGGGGUCCCAAGUUCUGCCCUGCGAGAAAUUUGCCUCCUAAAAGAACUGAAGCAUAAAAACAUUGUGAGGUUGCAUGAUGUUCUGCACAGUGACAAGAAGUUAACAUUGGUGUUUGAAUUUUGUGACCAGGAUCUAAAGAAGUAUUUUGACAGCUGCAAUGGAGAUCUAGAUCCAGAAACGGUCAAGUCAUUCAUGUACCAGCUGUUGAAGGGGCUUGCCUUCUGCCACAGUCGGAAUGUUCUCCACAGAGACCUGAAGCCACAGAACCUUCUCAUCAACAGGAAUGGGGAAUUGAAGCUGGCUGACUUUGGCCUGGCUCGAGCCUUUGGAAUCCCAGUGAGAUGUUACUCUGCAGAGGUUGUGACGUUGUGGUAUAGGCCCCCAGAUGUGCUCUUCGGUGCCAAGCUUUAUUCUACCUCCAUUGACAUGUGGUCUGCUGGAUGCAUAUUUGCAGAGUUGGCAAACGCUGGAAGGCCUCUUUUCCCGGGUAAUGACGUCGACGACCAGCUGAAGAGGAUCUUCAGAUUGUUGGGUACACCAACUGAAGAACAGUGGCAGACAAUGACAAAGCUCCCAGACUACAAGCCGUACCCCAUGUAUCCAGCCACGACCUCACUGGUGAAUGUUGUCCCCAAACUCAGUAGCACAGGACGGGAUCUGCUACAGAAAUCCUCGAUCACAUUUGUUGGCGACGCCAUAGCGAUGUUGGCUAACAAAGGAAGAAUUUUGGACUUCCCAAACCCUGUUCUGUUUCGCAAGCGUUCCCAGAAGUUUCACCAUUUUGCUCCGAAUCUUUUGAAGUGUAAUCCUGUCCAGAGGAUCUCUGCAGAGGAGGCAUUGCAGCACCCCUACUUUGCUGAUUUCUGCCCACCGUAGAUGAGAUGCCAAAACACACGUCACUUAACUGAACCUCAGACAUCGGACUCAAUCCUCUUUCUCUCCAUCUCUACAGGACCUGUCUAUCCUGACUCCCUGCAAGACUCAUCUCCCAGCAGCACCUGUUUUAACUAAGACUUCCCUUCAGUAUAUCCUGUUGUGCCUCCUAAUAGAAUUGAGUCCUUGUCUGCUCUGCAAGAUUUUAGGUUCUAUUAGCAAGCCGGUUUGUCUUCUCUUUGUCUGUUAAGCACAUUAAGCGCACUGACAUAGGAACAUAACAUGUAGCGAUGAACAAUUCUGCACCCGGAGAAACAGUGAAUCCUUCUGAGCCAAUAGCUGCACUGCAGAGUAAGCGGUUUGAACAAUUGCAUUAGUGUGCCGCAUAAUGUACUGGCAAAAAUGUAGUUAUUUGGAUACAUUCUUCAAAUCGUGUUUGUGCCACUGCUGUUAUUAAUGUGUCAAUAUUGCAUUAAUAGUUUAUGAUAAGAUUGGAGACAGUCUUCCUUGUCCUUCAUCAUAGUCUAAACCAUUUUCCGCUUACUUUAAUAGGAGAUUGUAAAACAGAGGGGGAGGUUUAUUUAUAUUCAUCAGUUACAUUUACAUUUAAGUCAUUUAGCAGACGCUCUUAUCCAGAGCGACUUACAGUUACUUCUCAGGCUCUCUAUUUAGCUUUUUGUAUUAGAUUGAUUUUUUUUUGUGCACUUUGGGUAAGUGGCAUUUUCUUUUUAAUAGGUUAGAUCUUGUCCGCGGUCAAGUAAAGUUGAACACAAAGAUGGGGUCAACAUAUGUGUUAUGAACAGUGGACCAUACGUACUUGAGUAAUUGCUUUUAUUUUUUUAGUUUCAUUUUGUAACUUUCUACCAUCUUUACUCAUUGACCUGAUGUCUUAUAGCUUAAUGAAAGUGAAGUGAGAGCGGAGGACAUCCGUUGAUACCUAUAUUACUACAUUACGAUUGUUUUGCACCACUGACUAGCUGUGUUCACGCAGAUGGGUAACUUAAUUUUUGGCAAAGAACUAGUAAGUUUUGCAGUGUUAUUUUACUCCGGGUAGUCGCUACUUCUCCCACGAAAGCCAACAUUUUUAACUCCUCUUUGAGGUUGCUGUCAACUACCAAAACUUUGGUUUUGAUCAAUAGGGAAAAAAUAUUUCAUUUUGAUGUAAGAGAAAAUAAUAGAAUGCAUGUAUUUAUUGAUAAUUGAAUGUCUGCUUAUGUAUGCAUUUAGUCUCUUUUUUAAAAAUAUAUAUAUACAACACAUUACCUUUCAUGAGUUGCAAUGUUCUCCUUAUUAAAAUAAUGAAACGUGUGACACUUAGUUCUUUAAUGCUUUGGCUGUGUGUGUGUGUGUUUUGCAUCCGAGUUGAGUUGGGACAUCACAAGAUUCCAUGAUCACAUGUAAAGACAAGCAAUUCCCCGUGCUUAUUUUAGAAAAGAGUACUGUAGAAUAUUAGUUUAAAUAUGACAUGAUUUUAAUCUUAAUUUAGAAUUACGAGUGAACUUUGCACUUUCCUGUUAUCGUAGUUUUAUUGUAGGACUUGGGUUAAGUAUUUAGACACUUGCUGUCAGUCAGUGGUCUCGACAGUUCAAUAAAGUGGACUCAAAAGUU